ACUGAUGCGCUUUCCUCUGUUGUCUCCUAAAACUGAUGUUACCUCACCCUCGUUAAAUAACCACUUUUCUACAAAUUCCAUUUGUUACUGUAAUUCAGAACAAUCGCUUGAUUUAACUGCAAACUGUCUCACUGGAAAAGAUCAAUUAAUGCAUUUUCUUCACGAAGGAGAACUCGUGUGUGACAACAGUCCACCUUUAACUGUGCGCUCCAGAGAUCUCUGGUCUCUAUGUCCCCUGUUGCUUUAAGCAGUACGUUUUUUUGUCCAACAGGAGGCGUGUCUUCACCGCGUCCAGAGCGCUCGGAGACGCGAGUCUGAGGGAACCGAAUCGGCUGCGCUAUCGGAACAAAUGAACUACUUUCUACGCCUGUCGUGACACUUACCAUCUUAUUCUGCCUUUGCUUGUCGAAGACCGCCCGCAAAUGGAUUUCUCUCGGAUUUUCUGAGCCUAACAUGGAUGCCCCGCUCGCUGAGUCGGAAGGUUGUUUCUUGGCGCAGUAAGACGGACACGCGGAGCUUGCUAAUGGAUCCGUGGAGUGAAUGCCCUCUCUCCGUCUGACCAUGCCGUGAUCCUGUGCGAGGGCCGUCACCCUGCUUUACGUCAAAAAAGAAGAAUUUCGGAGGAAUAUAAAGAUCCAGGGAAUAACAUUUGUGAGCAUUACAGACAUCAUGAAGAUUACCUCCCCACUAACUAAUGCGAGAUUCAGGUGCACCGUCAGGCUUCUACUGCUGCUAUUAUUAUGUGUGGGAUAUUCACGCGGAAUGCCACAUGUUUUAAGAUUUGGGGGGAUAUUCGAAUCCAUCGAAAGUGGUCCGUCAGGUUCUGAGGAACUUGCCUUUAAGUUUGCUUUAAACACAAUCAACAGGAACAGAACUCUCCUGCCAAACACGACACUCACGUACGACAUCCAAAGGAUAAACAUUCAUGACAGCUUUGAGGCCUCCAGGAAAGCAUGUGACCAGCUCUCGCUGGGUGUGGCGGCCAUCUUUGGCCCCUCGCACAGCUCCUCGGCCAAUGCGGUGCAGUCCAUCUGUAACGCUCUGGGCGUCCCCCACAUCCAGACCAAGUGGAAGCACCAGGUGUCCGACAACCGGGACUCGUUCUACGUCAGCCUCUACCCGGACUUCUCCUCGCUCAGCCGAGCCAUCCUGGACCUGGUGCACUUCUUCAAGUGGAAGACCGUCACGGUGGUCUACGAUGACAGCACAGGUCUCAUCCGGCUACAGGAGCUCAUUAAAGCCCCCUCCCGAUACAACAUCCGGUUAAAAAUCCGGCAGUUGCCAGGGGACACGAAGGACGCCAAACCUUUGUUGAAGGAGAUGAAGCGGGGGAAGGAGUUCCAUGUCAUCUUCGACUGCGGCCAUGAGAUGGCUGCUGGGAUUCUGAAGCAGGCUCUCUCCAUGGGGAUGAUGACAGAGUAUUACCACUACAUCUUCACCACACUGGACCUGUUUGCCCUGGACGUGGAGCCAUAUCGCUACAGUGGCGUGAACAUGACAGGCUUUAGGAUCCUGAACACCGAGAACAGCCAGGUGAACGCCAUCAUGGAAAAGUGGUCUAUGGAGCGCCUGCAAGCCCCGCCCAAACCCGACUCCGGUCUGCUGGACGGCUUCAUGACGACGGAUGCCGCCCUGAUGUAUGACGCGGUCCAUGUGGUGGCGGUGGCUGUGCAGCAGUCGUCCCAGAUCACCGUCAGCUCACUGCAGUGCAACCGGCACAAGCCCUGGAGGUUCGGAAACCGCUUCAUGACGCUCAUCAAGGAGGCCCACUGGGAUGGCUUGACCGGGAGGAUUAACUUCAACAAAACCAACGGCUUGAGGACAGACUUCGACCUCGACGUCGUCAGCUUAAAGGAGGAAGGCCUUGAGAAGGUUGGGACGUGGGAUUCUCCCACCGGACUGAACAUGACUGACAAUCAGAAGGGGAAAACCACAAACGUCACAGACUCUUUAUCCAACCGCUCCCUAGUCGUCUCCACCAUACUGGAGGAGCCCUACGUGAUGUUCAAGAAGUCAGACAAGCCACUGUAUGGGAACGACCGCUUCGAGGGCUACUGCAUUGACCUGCUCCGUGAGCUUUCGAUCAUCUUGGGGUUCACCUACGAGGUGCGCCUGGUGGAAGAUGGGAAAUAUGGCGCCCAAGAAGAGACCACCGGCCAGUGGAACGGCAUGGUGCGAGAGCUCAUUGACCACAAAGCUGAUCUUGCAGUUGCUCCACUGGCCAUCACCUACGUGCGGGAGAAGGUCAUCGACUUCUCCAAGCCCUUCAUGACGCUGGGGAUAAGUAUUCUCUACCGCAAGCCCAACGGCACCAACCCCGGGGUCUUCUCCUUCCUCAACCCCCUCUCACCUGAUAUCUGGAUGUAUAUUCUGCUGGCUUACUUGGGUGUCAGUUGUGUGCUGUUUGUCAUAGCCAGGUUUAGCCCCUACGAGUGGUAUAACCCGCACCCGUGCAAUCCGGACUCGGAUGUGGUGGAGAACAAUUUCACCCUGCUUAAUAGUUUCUGGUUCGGAGUUGGAGCUCUCAUGCAGCAAGGCUCAGAGCUCAUGCCCAAAGCCCUUUCCACCAGGAUAGUAGGAGGCAUCUGGUGGUUCUUCACCCUCAUCAUCAUCUCGUCUUACACUGCCAACCUGGCCGCCUUCCUCACCGUGGAGAGGAUGGAGUCGCCCAUUGACUCCGCCGAUGACCUGGCCAAGCAGACCAAGAUUGAGUAUGGCGUGAUAGAGGACGGAUCCACCAUGACUUUCUUUAAGAAAACCAAGAUCUCCACGUACGACAAGAUGUGGGAGUUCAUGAGCAGCCGGCGGCACUCGGUGAUGGUGAAGAGCAUGGAGGAGGGCAUCCACCGCGUGCUCACGUCCGACUACGCCUUCCUCAUGGAGUCCACCACCAUAGAGUUUGCCACGCAGCGCAACUGCAACCUCACGCAGAUCGGAGGCCUCAUCGACUCCAAGGCCUAUGGAGUGGGCACCCCCAUGGGCUCUCCGUACCGGGACAAGAUCACCAUUGCCAUCCUGCAGCUGCAGGAGGAGGGGAAGCUGCACAUGAUGAAGGAGAAGUGGUGGCGUGGCAACGGUUGCCCGGAGGAGGAGAACAAGGAGGCCAGCGCCCUGGGCGUGCAGAACAUCGGCGGCAUCUUCAUCGUGCUCGCCGCCGGCCUCGUCCUCUCCGUGUUUGUGGCCGUCGGCGAGUUUCUGUAUAAGUCCAAACAAAACGCACAACUUGAAAAGCGCUCCUUCUGCAGUGCCAUGGUGGACGAACUGCGGGUGUCCCUCAAGUGCCAGCGUCGCCUCAAACACAAGCCCCAGCCGCCCGUCAUGGUCAAGACGGAGGAGGUCAUUAACAUGCACACAUUCAACGACCGAAGACUGCCAGGCAAAGAAACCAUGGCCUGAAACAAACAAACAAACAAACACACAAACACACGAGCAAACAAACAAACAAACAAACACAAAACAGAUAAAAAAAGCUGGACACUCAAUUUUGCGGGAGUGGGAAGCAGAGAGGGAGGGGCCAGGAGAGAGGGAGGGGUUUUAAUGGCUCAUGUUUUGGAGGGUAUUUUGUUUUGUUUUCAUUUCAUUUUUUUUUUUUAGUUUGGAUUUGUUGGAGUUGCUGGGUUGGGGGGUUGUGAAGGGGUGGGUCGUUUGCUGUAAAAACUAACUGUUGCAUUGUGGUUUAGAUUAGUCAUGGUGUUUUACGAAAUAGACAUGAGAUGGUGGGAAAGGGGAUUGAGGGGGUUGUAAAUUAUUUCCUGUGGAAAUAACUUGAGUUUGGGGGGAGGGGUGGGGGGUGGGGGGUGGGGGGGGGCUCUCCUGCCAAAAAAGGUAAGGGUCUACCAGGGUGGUGAGUAGUACCAGGAUUCAGGCAGACUAAUGUAGGGGAACACAUUGAAGUGUGCAGAGGUACAUAGAUGACAUACCAGGGGCUGAGUUUGGAGUGACACUUUUAUUUCAAAGUGCUUUAACUUUGGACAGGUGAUUAUGUUACUUUUUCAACCAAUGGAACUCAGCUGUCCUCCAACCACAGAGGCCACUAGGAAAGAGGCCAGUUGAGCAUCACCAAGACAGGAGACAAACACACACACACACACACACACACACACACACACACACACACAUACACACACACACAAAAAGGGAACACACUCUACACCAAGGCAGGUCGAUGUGUUUAUCACAGAGCUUAGAGCGAAGGAGAAAUGCAUCUGUUCAUUUCAUUUAUUUUCAAUGUUUUUUUUCUUUCAUAUUAGGUUUGUUAUUGAGGUUUAAACUAAAUAAGCUAGCCAGGCCCAAAUUAUUUAGUAGCUGGAAGUGCAGAGUAGGGUGGAACAGCUGCAGAUGUACAACAUCCAAUUGAUUAAUCACAAUGACUGCUGAUGAAGGCAGAACAGGAACACACAACACAUCCAUCAGGCAAUAAAUGACUUUUAUUCCAUGGUGUUUCUGAUUACUAACACUUUUUUUAAAAACCAUAUGAACUGGGUAGGUGGGGGUGGGGUGGGGUGGGAUAAGAUGGGAUGAUGUAUUUUUCACCAAAUUUCUGACUAAAUAACUAAAUAUAUCUAUAUAUGUAUACAGACAGGUGGAAGAUGUGCAGAAAGAGAUUACAGAGGUAGAACAGCAGUAGUUCAGUUGUGUCUAAGAUGCUUUUUAGGUCGACCAUCAACUCAUAGGCAGCCAGUUGUCUGGGCCGCACCCACCGGCAUGAGUCUCCCAGGGGAGCCUGCAGAUGCAGUGUGGUGGCUGAGAGUACGGCAGGUUAUAAAUACGGUUUAGACGAGAGAGGUGUAAGACCACGCACAUACAUGUCAUCAAAAGUCGUCACAGUGGUCACAAUGUAUUUAUUUGAGUAUUUAUUCUUUUUUUUACUUAUGAAUUUGUUAUUUAUCCUUUCGUGGAUUGCCAAGCAACAGCUAAGGGACACACCUCAUUUGAGCUAUUGUAACUGUGUAUGUUAUCUUUUUUGUUUUGAUGAUGUUCUUUUUGUUUUUGGCUUUGUUCUCAUGCAUUCUGUUUUUUGGUUUCAGCUCAAUGUCAGAUUUGUUUUUUGUACUGUUUUUUUUGUGAUUUUUAAGUUAACAAGAAGAAUUAUCACAUUACCUUGUGCAAAUGCAAGUAUUUCUAUGGAUUAAAAAAAGUUUUGUACUAAGAGAGAAAAAAAAAAAAACAUGAAAAAUUUUGUAAUAAUUUUUAUUGACACAAGAAGAGAGAAAAAAUAAUCACUUUGGGGCAUCUACCUGCCUCAGAUGGGGGGGCCCCUCACUGUUUCCCCACACCAGAGCAUGAGGCCGCAGGAGUCGAGGACCAUCACCACACGCUCCACCCAAAUAUCAAAACGGACCCAGCUCCCUUCAGAAUUGGACACACACGUCUUGGACCAUGGAGAACUAGGCUCCACAACCGAAACCACCUCCCGGAUCCAUGCAGAGUGGCCUCCUUGGAUCGCUAACUACCCUCAAGACCCCACUGGGGAGGGGGGGAGGGGUGUAUUGGCGGAAAGAAUGCCCACUUGGGCUAAUUAGACACACACAUUUUGGACAAAACCUAUUUUUAUUGUGUAUAGGAAUCAUAUUUAAAAGAAAGAUAUUUUUACUUGGGGCAAAAUAAUACAACAGAUGAUGAUGAUAAUGAUGAUAACGAUUAUUAUGAUGGUGGUGGUGAAAAAUGAAUAAAAUAGGAUAUCUAUAUAUAACACACAGUUAAGAAGAAGAAGAAGAGACUGCCAGCAUUGCUUAUCAUUCUAAACCCCCCAACCCAAUCCCCCAUAGACUGCUAGACCUCAGUGCUGAGACAUUGUGUGUUAAUGGUUUCCAAUGGAUAAAGAUGUAUUUAAAGAUUUCAAAAAUACUACACUAAUUUUGACCAUGUUGUGAAAAUACGAAAAUGGAGUGCACUCAGUUUACUGUCUGAAGUUGAUGCACAAGUUUAAAGAAAAAUCAUUAAAAAAACUCCACUACA